CUUAUAGGCUAGUAAAUUACUUAUGGUAGUACCGCUUGAGUGAAAAGUUCCAAGCGUUGCUUAGCCAAAGCACUUGCUUUUUUCAUUUGAGAGAGAAAGGACGGACGGAGGGAGAGAGAGAAAGAGAGAUAGGGAUGGAGAAGAAGCUAACAGCGUCAAGCCAUCUUUUCGUGACGGUUUUCCUGUCAGGUUUCGCCACCUUCAUUGUGAUUCCGGCCAUUACCGAUGUUACCAUGUUCGCCCUUUGCCCUGGCACUGAUGAAUGCUCCCUCGCCAUUUACCUCUCUGGAUUACAACAAGCUAUGAUAGGACUGGGGACGGCCUUGAUGAUGCCACUGAUUGGGAAUCUGUCGGAUCAGUAUGGAAGAAAAGCUCUGCUCACAUUACCUAUGACUUUGUCCAUUAUUCCCCUUGCUAUAUUGGCAUGCAGCAGAACAACCAAUUAUUAUUAUGCCUACUAUGCGCUCAGGACCCUCACUGCCAUGAUCUGUGAAGGCAGCAUUAACUGCCUUGCUCUUGCAUAUUUGGCAGACAACAUUUCAGAUAGCCAACGGGCAUCUGCAUUUGGAAUCCUUUCAGGCGUAAGCUCAGGUGCAUUCGUCUGCGGAACCUUAGCAGCUCGUUUCCUCUCCACUGGUUCCACAUUUCAGGUUGCUACGUUUGUAUCAAUGCUUGCAGUAGUGUACAUGAGAAUAUUCCUUGAGGAAAGUAUACCUGAUCAAGUUGAUGGAAUGACACAACCAAUACUGAAAGAAGGGGAAGAUGUCAUUCAGAAGGAUGGUAAUGCACCUAGAAAGAUGCCAGUAUUCAAGAAAAUUCCAUCCGUGGGAGAUAUUAUUAGCUUGUUGAAGAGCAGUCCAUCAUUUUCCCAAGCAGCAGUUGUUGCUUUCUUCAAUAGUCUUGCGGAGGGUGGGAUGAUAUCUUCAUUAAUGUACUAUUUAAAAGCCCGUUUCCACUUUAACAAGAAUCAGUUUGCUGAUUUGAUGCUAAUUGCUGGAAUUAUAUCAACCAUUUCACAGUUGUUUCUCAUGCCCUUAUUGGUAUCUCCCUUAGGGGACGGGAAGUUGCUUUCAAUAGGACUCUUGGUCAGCUGUGCAAAUGCCAUUCUUUAUAGCAUAGCCUGGUCAGCUUGGGUUCCAUAUGCAGCUACUGCAUUGUCAAUAAUGAUGGUCUUUGCACCACCAUCUUUACGCAGUAUUGCAUCAAAACAAGCUGGCGCCAGAGAGCAGGGGAAGGCUCAAGGAUGCAUCUCAGGCAUAAGUUCCUUGGCCAACAUCAUUGCUCCAUUAGUCUUUAGUCCUCUGACAGCAUUGUUCCUGUCCGAAGAUGCACCAUUUCAUUUCCCCGGCUUUAGUAUUAUUUGCAUUGCGAUCACAUUGGUAUGAACUUUUACCUAAUGAUUGCCUUCAUUCAGAGUUUGAUGAUAGGAAGUGCUCCUUCAACUUCAAGUGACAAAAACAGCAGCAAUUGCAUGGAGGUUUAGUAGUAAUCAUAUAUACUAAUUAGUAGAAGAUGAAAAUCUCGAUUAUUACAAUUAAAUAAACUCAGUCUGUAACUAUGUAGCACACAGAUACUCCUAAGUUUUUAGCCCGCCAAAAGAGUUGCAAAGGCGAUGUGCAGUUCGUCAAUAAGAUUAGUUGACCCUUUGGGAGGUUUAAUUAUAGAAACGAAAUGUAAGAUUAACUAUAAGUCAUAUAUAGCCAGACGCGGGUUCUCUCAGUGAAACAAUUCCCACAAACAUAUCAAAUUAUUACUCCUAAAUGUAUCUAUAAUUUCAUUUCGAUUC